AUGGGUUUUUGGCGAUUACCUAGAAUUAACAGUUUAUUGGGCUUCCCAAUACGUGCGAGGAUUCCGUUUACCUUAUCUCAAACCUCUCUUUUACAUAAGAAUUUACAGUUAUCUCGUCUUAAAAAGCUAAAUUCCCCAUAUGGAAGUUUUAUAACUUCCUCUCGAAAUUUUGCGUCGGUCUCGAACCAAGAAGUCGAUCCACGACUCACUACUGAACGUAUGGUCAUUGAUACUGAUGUUAUUAUAGUUGGAGCUGGCCCAGCAGGAUUAUCAGCUGCGAUUCGCUUAAAACAAUUAGCAAAUGUUGAAGGAAAAGAGAUUAAUGUAAUAGUUAUAGAGAAAGCUAGUCAAUUAGGCGCUCAUACGCUUUCCGGUGCGGUUAUUGAGCCAAGAGCAUUGAACGAACUUUUACCUGAUUGGAAAGAACGGGGAGCACCUUUAAAUCAACCAGUGCUUAAAGAUGAUAUGAGAUUCCUCACAGAGAAAUUAUCUAUCCCUCUUAGACCACUUCCAUCACUGAUGAGAAACAAAGGCAACUAUAUUGUUAGUCUGAACAAUUUUGUAAAAUGGUUAGGAGAACAAGCUGAACAAGUUGGAGUUGACGUUUAUGCUGGUUUUGCUGCAAGCGAGGUUUUAUAUAACGAGGAUGGUAGUGUACGCGGUAUUGCUACAAACGAUAUGGGCCUUGAUAAAGAUUUUAAACCAAAAGAAAAUUUUGAACGUGGUGUGGAGUUCCAAGCCAAAGUUACUCUAUUUGCCGAAGGUUGCCAUGGAUCGCUUACUAAAACCUUGAUAAGAAAAUUCAAUCUUCGUGAAGGUAAACAACAACAAACAUAUGCAAUUGGCAUAAAAGAAGUUUGGGAAGUUGAUCCGGCCAAACAUGUUCCCGGUUAUGUUUUACAUGCGGCCGGAUGGCCUUUAGACUAUAAAACAUACGGUGGAGGUUUUAUGUAUCACAUGGAAAAUAAUAUCGUACAAAUAGGGUUUAUAAUUUCUUUAGAUUAUGAGAAUCCAUAUUUGUAUCCAUAUAAAGAAUUCCAGAAAUAUAAAACUCACCCAUCAAUCAGAAAAUGUCUUGAAGGAGGAAAAGUUAUUUGUUAUGGGGCAAGAGCUCUUAAUGAGGGAGGAUAUCAGUCUAUCCCGAAGUUAGUUUUUCCUGGAGGUGCCCUUAUUGGCUGUACCGCCGGAUUUUUAAAUCUUCCUAAAAUAAAGGGAACACACAAUGCAAUGAAAUCUGGUAUGCUCGCCGCUGAAGCUGCAUAUGAUGCAAUUACAUCUAAUUUACCACAUGGACCAAUAACACUCACUGCAUAUGAGGAAUCAAUUAAGAAUUCAUGGGUAUAUGAAGAAUUGUAUAAAGUGAGAAAUUUUAGACCUUCAAUAAAUACCCCUCUUGGAGUAUAUGGAUUUAUCUUAUAUGCUGGUCUAGAAAUGUUGUUUCUGAAAGGAAAAGCUCCAUGGACAUUUAAACAUCGUCAUGAAGAUUAUGCUGUUUUAAAACCAGCAAAAGAAUGUAAACCAAUAGAAUAUCCUAAACCUGAUGGUGUUGUUGCAUUUGAUCUUCUCGAGAGUGUUUCUCGAAGUGGAACAUUCCAUAAAGAAAAUCAACCUGUGCAUUUAAGAGUUCGAGAUAAAAAGAUACCUGUUGAAAGAAAUCUGAAAAUUUUUGGUGGACCUGAACAAAGAUUUUGUCCAGCCGGUGUGUAUGAAUUCGUUGACGACGAAAAUAACCCAAGCGAAAAGCGCUUACAAAUUAAUUCACAAAAUUGUGUACACUGUAAAACCUGUGAUAUUAAGGAUGUAUCUCAGAACAUCGAUUGGGUAACACCCGAAGGCGGAGAUGGUCCAAAAUAUGAAAUGACAUAA